UAUUUUUUCCAUAUAUUUCAAAUGCAUGUGACAGAUAUAAAUGGUGUUAAAGUUUACAAUUUAACAUCUGGGAAGAUAUUGCCAGAAUGGUUAUCACAAAAAAGGAAAAAAGCGAUGAUCAAGAAGGAUGAAGAAUUGGACAAAAGAAUUCAAUUAAUUCAAGAUUUUGAAAUGCCUGCUGUAACAAAUUCUAUAUGUAUCACCAAAGAUGGAAAUUAUAUACUAUCAACUGGUAUGUAUAAACCAAGAAUCAGAUGUUAUGAUGUAAAACAACUUUCUAUGAAAUUUGAAAGAUGUGUUGAUGCUGAAAUCAUCAAAAUUCAUUUGUUAACAGAUGAUUAUUCUAAAUUUAUAUGCUUAGAACAAGAUAGAUGGGUGGAGUUUCAUGCCAGCUAUGGAUUUCACUUUAAGACUAGAAUUCCUAAAAUUGGGAGAGAUCUUGAUUACGAUCCAAUCAGUUGUGAAGUUUAUUUUGUUGGAAAUGGAUCAGAAAUUUUUAGACUGAAUUUGCAACAAGGAAGGUUCAUGAAUUCUUUACAGACCAAUGCAAGAACAAUAACGGCUUGUCAAUUUAAUCCUUCCCACCGUUUAUUCACCUGUGUCACGAUAGAUGGCACAAUUGAAUGCUGGGAUCCUAGAGCAAAAAAUAGGGUUUCCCUUAUUGAUUGCAGUCUUUCAAAUUACAAAAAUAAUUUUUACGAUCACCAAAUGCCUCAUUCUGACCAUAAAAAUAUUACGAAUUUUCAAAAUAUUCCAUCCGGGUUUUCCGCGUUAAGAUACAAGGAUGGGCUCAAGUUUGGAGUUGGAACGAAUUUCGGAAUGAUACUCCUUUAUGAUUUGCGCUGCAAAACCCCUUACCUUACUAAGGACCAUAUGUACGGGUUACCCAUUAAAAAAUUAGAAUUUCUUUCUAAUUCCUCGUCGAUUUUCAAUUACAAUAAUCGAGAAAUGAAUGAAGAAUUCACGAACUACGAAAACGAGUAUGUUGCUAGUAUGGAUGCUAAAUGUCUCAAGAUAUGGGAUUCAACAUCUAAUGAAUACUGCGAAGGAAGGGAAGAAGGAUUAAAUCCAAAAAAUUUGACUUGUAUUGAACCCGGAAAUGGCGAUGUAGCACUUAACGAUGUUUGCUUCGUUCCGAAUAGUGGAAUGUUAUUUUUAGCCCUCGAGGAGCCUCAAAUAGCAUCCUAUUUUAUUCCCAAACUGGGACCAGCUCCAAAAUGGUUCUCUUAUCUUGAUGCUCUGACGGAAGAAUUAGAGGGAGAAAGAUAUCACGAUUCAAAUCUCGACGAUAAAUCAUUACAAACUCGUUUGGUAUACGACGAUUACAAAUUUGUCACUUCCGAUCAAUUACAAAAGCUUGGACUCUCUCAUCUAAUAGGAACUCAAACCCUGAGAGCUUACAUGCACGGCUAUUUUAUAGAAGCUGACCUGUAUUUUAAAACCCUGGCUAUUAUGGAUCCCUUCAGUUUGAAUACCUUUAAGAGCCAUAAAGUAGACAGGGUUAUAGCGGAGAGGGUUGCCCAAAAGGAAAGGCUUAAACUAGGACCCAGGGAGGAUAUUAUAGGAAAUGGCGUAAAUAGUGAAUUAGCUCAAAAGUUAUCUCGGCUUCUGCAAUCAUCCAAAGGAGGAAAAGAAAAUUUAUCAGAGCAACCAAAAAAUAAAUCAACUUGUACCAUUACUGACAUCCUAACCGAUGAACGAUUCAAGGGCAUAUUUUCUGACUCUAAUUUCAAUAUAGAUCCUGGCAGUGAGGAAUACAAAUUCAUAAAUCCCAUAAUAAAUAGAAUGGAGAAAAAAUUAGCGCUCAAAAAUAGGAGAGCGCAAAAUGAUGACCGUGAGGAGGUCGACGAAUCGAAUGAUCAAAACAUUUCCCUCGGCGAAAAGGACCGAGUUUUAUCUUCUUCCGAUGACGAAAAUUAUUUUUUCAACUCUAAAAGUAGCCCUUCAUCUAGUGAAAUCGACGAAACGGAAAUGAAUCAUAAAUUAUCUAUUCAAAACAGACGCAAAAAUCUGGGAAAUCGUAAAUAUCCCCAAAAUAUGGGAGUGAAGGAUUCUACAGAAACUCAAAAUAAUGCAAAUUAUGUAGAAAUGGGAUACGAAUUCGGAAUAUCGGAAGAAGGCUUUGGUUCGAAUAAAGAAAUCGUAAUUGAGAAAAUGGAUUUGCAUACUCGUCUAGAAACGGUAAAACGCAAUUCUUCCAUUGUCAAAGCAUUCACGAAUGAAAAUUUAAACAAAGAAAUGACCUUUAAAUUAACUUCUCACAGGAAAAAAUCCGAAUCUAAACAAACCAUACAGAAUUUAUCAAGAAAGAAAGAAAAUCGUAUAAGAAGACCUGUGAGAGAUAUUGUUCAGCAUAAAUUUAAAAGGAAACAUCUGUAAUAUAUUAUAUUGAAAUGCUUCGUUUAUUAUAAAUUAUGGAAAUUAUAU